UCUUUUCUUUAUCUUAUUUUAGAAUGGGCAGCUCUUUGACUACUCCCCAACAGAAAUUUUUAAAAGACUUAAAAUUUCUCCUCUCCUCCAACAAAUUGGAAGUUCCAGAGGGUGAUUUGAUACAGCUUAUUCUGUGCAUUCAUGAACAUUGUCCCUGGUUUCCUGUGGAUGGAACAUGGGAAUUAAAACAUUGGGAUAAGAUCGGGACACAUUUUCAUGGGCACCCCAGCAUAGGUGUUCGGAUUUUAAAUGCAUGGUGCAAGGUUCGUUAUGCCAUGGGCUCUUUAUCACCAAAAAAUAUCUCCAUGGCUGCAUUGCCAACACAACCUUCAGCUUCUUUAAUUCAGCCUGCUGUCCUGCCAUGUGUUCCAGCACUCGCUUUGCCAGCAGCUCCAGAACCCAAACCUCCGGACUACAGUUCCUCACCAGAGGACCCAAUCCUGCAAAAAUACCGUGGUCUGGCUGGAAAUGACCCUGCUCUUUCAGCAGCAGAACCAGCUACCCCUUUUCAAUGUGCAGUCCUUGCCUGUUCCUUAAUUCAGGAUAAUAUGGCAUUCCCUGUUAUUGUGCCCCCUGCUGGUGCUCCAGCAGGAACUCAAGCCCAGCUGUUGGUGCCAGAUGACAUCAAGCUUUUGGCAGGUACAGUUUUGCCCCCAUCAGCUGGUGUAUUAUUUGCCCAUGAAUGGGAAAUCGCCUGCCGUGCUUAUGCUCCAGCAUUAUUACAACAAGCAAGAGGGAAUAAUCCUAACCUUACGCUUGCAUACGUCAUAGAUGCCAUGAUGGGGCGUGGCCCCCUCGCUCAGGCUUCAGUACAAGCCACACUGCUGCAGAUCUUAUUGAGGGAUACUGCUCUUGCUGCUCAACAAGCAAUGAGAAAAAUCCCAGAACCCACCAGUAUCCAGUCUAGGUGGGGUUCAAUCAGACAAGAACAGUGGCCUCCACCAAAAGAAAAAUCCGCAGCAAUGGCACCAUCUCGUUUUUGAACAGCUUAUUUCUGAACAAUUGACUUUCGGCCACAUUGAACCAUCUUCAUCCCACUGGCUCCAGCAGACAGGAACGCUUUGCUUUUACAUUGCCAGUAUAUAACAAUUCUCAACUCACCCAGCGAUAUCAGUGGGUUGUCCUGCCUCACAGCAUGCGGAACUCCCCUACACUUUGUCAGCAUUUUGUGGAUGAAGCAUCGAAACCUUUCCGCAUGCGCCACCUAGAGGUGCUGCACACGAACUGCAUCUGGCAGUGUUUGCCUUCCUAACCAUUUGCCUUGCCAUCCUUUCCUGCACCGUUAUACAAGGAAGAGGAGCAGACGACACAGUCCAGUUGAAACCACCAUAUUUCACCUUAUCGGCUGGCAAGCAGCUGUCGCCUGAAUCCUACUCUGGCUGGCAGUAUCCACGGCUCAGCCACUCUCGAACUAGAAGAACAGCGUUGUUGAAUAAGACUUUUAGGGGAGAAAAUUAUCAUAAGAUAUGGAGGAAUAAUAUUUUUGUACAAGAUAUGAUUAUGUUUGCCAGUUUAUUGCAUGCUUCUAAAUGUUGGGUGUGUAUGCCUGCCCCCAUUUGUUUUCAAAUUAAAGAGGGGAAAGAAUCAUGGGGCAUAUAUCCAAACUGUCAAUAUACAUUGAAAUUCAUGUUUAAUAGCUCUUGUUCUCUUACAGGAACAUACAGUGACCAAUCUCAGUGCUAUAGGAGUGACACCAGUGCAUGGCUAAUAAACUAGGAAGGAAGCCUACCAUGCAGCUUGGAAUCAGAAUUCUUAUAUUCUUGGCUUCGGGAUGGAAGUUGGCUUCGACAUUUAUUGAUUAUAGUGAUCAUUAUAGUAGUUAUUUGCAUUAUUUUGUGUUGCUGUAUACAAUGUCUUCCUUCUUUAAUCUCUGUAUGUACUGCAUGGUUCUCCAGUCCGCGGCCCGCUUCCGGUUUCACAAGAGUCGCUUAUCGCACUCGAUAUAACCGUAUUGGUACUGACAUUUAUGACUCUGAUUAAUAAAAUAAAGAAAGAGGGCAUGUGGGAGUCAUAAAGCCAUGGCAGAGGUUUGUAAAUACUGCAGGGUACCUCCGGACCUCGUGACCAGCACUCUGAGCUUUACAAGGUAUUGGAAUGUAAUGACCUUAUAUGGCAUGGGUGCAAUAAAAGCUUGACCAGAUGAGGUAACAUGAGAUUGGCAAACAGCCAUGCGGCUGGACAGAACA